AUCGGGGCUAAUUAGAUUAACUUUUAAAUAUGUCUUCAAAUUGCGAAAAACUAAUUUAUAAAUUCUUCCCCCACAUAGACGAACAGUGCGUUUCCUACAUAUUAGGUGUGCUGUCAGAUAGUAUUGAUGAUUUUGAAACGGCAGACGACGUUUACGAUGCAUUGGGGCACUUUCUUGUUGAGGUGAAUGUUGAUGGGGAUGGAGAUUCCCUUCUGGACUUCUGCAGCAAGCUAUUAAAGGCUGCCAAGGGAUCAGAGAAUGGAAGCUUAUCCACAAGCUCUAGUUCCAGAGAGCUGAGGGCUUUAGAUACACCCUUCCAAAUUCUACCGGAGGGCAGUGCUGAUGCCGAUGAUAUGAAUAUCUGGAUUGAAAAGAAACUUAAUAUUUUGAAGGUUGACACAAAAAAGCUGGAGAAAGCCGAAUCAAAAUUGAAAGACAAACAAGAGAGGCGACAGCAGGCGUCUGAUUCAAAACCAAAACAGAACAUUGUUUUGGAUCUGCCCAGUGCCAGCCAGCAAGUAAAUCGCAAGGACACCAAGGCAGAUGCCAGCGGUUCCACCAAGACCUAUGACGUUAAGAUUGAAAAUUUUGACAUGGCCUUUGGUGAAAAAACCCUGUUAUCGGGGGCAGACCUUUCGCUAUCGUACGGUCGGCGGUAUGGCUUGGUGGGUCGAAAUGGGAUGGGUAAGACGACUCUGUUAAGGAUGCUGGCUGGCAGACAGCUGCGGAUACCCCCACAUUUGACUGUGCUACACGUAGAACAGGAGGUAGUGGGAGAUGACACGCCUGCUAUUGAGAGCGUGUUGUCGUGUGACACAAAGAGGCAGUCACUCUUAGAGGAGGAGAGGAAGUUGAAUGCACUUGUGCAGCAGUCAGGCACCUCCUGUCCAUCAGACAUCAGCUCCCGACUGACCGAGGUAUAUGCCGAGUUGGAACGUAUCGAGGCCGACAAGGCCCCUGCGAGGGCCGCCAUCAUCAUGAUUGGGUUGGGCUUCAAAUCCGACCAACAGAGGAAACCCACAAAGGAAUUUUCUGGUGGAUGGAGAAUGAGGUUGUCAUUGGCCCAGGCACUCUUCUCAAAGUUGGACUGUAUGAUCACUUUAGAACCGACAAACAUGUUGGAUAUGAAAGCUGUCAUAUGGUUGGAAGAUUAUUUGCAGACCUGGCCUUCCACAAUCCUCGUCGUCUCUCACGACAGGGCCUUCUUGAAUAACGUGGCCACCGACAUACUCUACCUCAAUGCACAAAAGAUCGAAUCUUACAAAGGCAAUUACGAAGACUUUUGUAAAACGCGAGAGGAGAGGUUGAAAAAUCAACAGCGAGAGUACGAGGCUCAACAAACUACCAGGGAACAUCUACAAGUGUUCAUUGAUAGGUUCAGGUACAAUGCCAAUAGGGCCUCACAAGUUCAGAGUAGAAUUAAGGCGCUUGAAAAGCUACCUCUGCUAGUUCCAGUUGAAAAGGAAUCAGAAGUUAUGUUUAGAUUCCCCGAAGUUGAGAAACUUCACCCGCCCAUCCUGCAGCUGGAUGAGGUUUCCUUUUAUUACGAAAAGUCCAAACCCAUCUUUAAAAACGUUAACCUAUCGCCAAACAUGGACUCCAGGAUUUGCAUCGUUGGGGAAAAUGGCGCAGGUAAAACAACACUGUUGAAAGUCUUAUUGGGAGAACUCAGUCCAACAUCUGGUAUAAGACACGCACACCGCAAUUUGAGGAUUGGCUACUUCGGUCAGCACCACGUAGAUCAAAUGGAUCUCAACAUUAGCCCUGUUGAAGUCCUAGCCAACAGAUUUCCUGGCAAACCAGUAGAAUAUUACAGGACACAUUUGGGAUCGUUUGGGAUAUCAGGAGAACUUGCGUUGAGACCUGUGGUCAGUUUAUCCGGUGGACAAAAGAGUCGUGUGGCCUUCGCUCUCAUGAGUCUCACAAGUCCCAACUUCUUCAUACUCGAUGAGCCAACUAAUCACUUAGACAUGGAGACAAUUGAAGCUCUCACCAAAGCACUGGCCAAAUUUCAGGGGGGUGUGUUGCUGGUCUCCCACGACGAACGCCUGAUACGAAGAACAUGCGAUGAGGUGUGGAUAUGUGGCAGCCUGGGUGUGACCAGUCUAAACGGAGGACUCGAUGAAUACAAGAAACUCGUCGUCAAGGAAAUCAGCGAAGCUCUUUGAUCAGAUUUUUUUUUCAAUGGAGACUAAUUUUUUAAUUUAAUAUGCGGUGGUAAAUUUAUCGAUAUUUGUAAUCCCGUGUCAGAGUUUUUGAUACGUAUAAUUGUUUGAGUGGAUAAUUCAGUAAUUUGUUUAAAAUUUUUAGGCAAUUUAUAUUUUGCUUAUCCGUUUUGUUGUCUAUUCUUCUCUCCGACCACCAAUAAACGCAUUCGAUAUGAGUUUAGCAAAGUGUCAAAAUCGCAGUGAACAUCUCAGCAGCGGUAAAAGUCAAUAAGAAUAGCUCUCUAAGCAGGCGCCGUUUCUUUCUGUGAUGUUUCUCCUCAUGUUUUACCUGGUCGUCUUUAACGAAGUUGCAAAAUUGUUAUUUAAACAACUAUUUUUAUUAUAUUCAAUAAAUAUUAUACAUUCUAGUGCUCGUAGAAAUUAGUUGCUGAAAUAUGACGUCGGCUUACGGCUGUGGCUUACAGGGUCUCAUAGAACUCUUAUGAUAGCGGUUGUUUGUACAUAUAAUGUUUUAAAUAAAUCAAUAUAUUCAUAUCACAAUUAUUUUUGUUAAUAUAAAUAUAGAAACUACUUUUGGUUCGGUGAAAUACAUUUGUUUACUGAAGCCAUAGGUUGGCUUGAUAGGAUUGAACUUGAUUGGCUUGAUUGUAUUUCACCGGACCAAAAGUAUGUAUUUUGCAUAUAUAAAAUAAUAUGAGAC